AUGAUGGUUGGACGUAUUCGGCGUUCAUCAUUGCUACCAGAUGGACGUACUACUUAUCAAGCGGUGAAAUUUUCUGAUUAUUAUCACCAUCAUCUAGGAUCAUCAUCAUCAUCAUCAUCAUCAUCGAUUCAAGCUAAACGUCGAAACAG